CUCAUACUCAUGUUGCCAGGAUCUGAGAAACACACUUAAGUUUGUCAUAUUUUUCAUUCAUUUCUUCAAAAAGAAACAGAGAUGCAUGUCAAAAGAAUAGAUGGUUUUCUUUAUGGUAUGAGAAAACUUAAAACUAAGUUCUCAACCAAAAAAUUGGAGAUGAAAGAAACAGAUCGAAGAAUUCAUAGGCAAAAUUAUAUAAAAUUAGGGAUUAGUACAUACUCGAAGAACGAAUUUGAAAAGAAAUAUGCAAUUCAAGAUAAAACGCUUACAUAGCCUUCCGAAACGACUUCGUUUCCGACAGUCGUGCUGGAGCCUCACCGGGUAAACCAACCUUCGUGUGGUUGAAGGCUAGGCAAAAGUCUAAAUUCGGUGCUCACGACCGGCGGCGUAGAUCGCCGAUGGUAAAACCCUAGAGAGAGAGAGUUGAAACGGCGCAUAGAUGACAAAAAAAUUGGGUGGACGGGUUUGCUCCUUCCCUCCCAUUUCAUCAAUGCCGCCGCGUCUCCCUUCUCCUCUCCUCUCAUCUUUUUUAUUUUUAACUCCAUUCUUCCAUCACUAUAUAAUACGCAUUCCUUCCUCCCCAAUUUUCAUCACUCCCAAAUCCCAACUAAGUCCACGCACCUCGAUCGAUCCAAUUAACCCCAAAUGGCUUCCUUCACCGCUCUCCUCUUCCAUCUCGCCGUUUUCCUUCUCCUGGUGGCUCACCCCUCCGCCGCCGCAAGGCAGCUCCCCCACUCCUCAACUCCGGACUCGUCUUUUCCCUUUCAGUACCACGACGGCCCCCUGCUCACCGGCAAAGUCUCCGUCAAUCUCAUCUGGUACGGCAGCUUCACUCCUUCCCAACGCGCCGUCGUCACCGACUUCGUCUCCUCCCUGUCCAAGUCUCCCGCCGGCCAGCCCACCGUCGCCACGUGGUGGAAGGCCACCCAGAAGUACUACGACGCUGCGCUCAAGUCGUCCUCCAGGAAGGCCUCCCCGCCGCUGGUCCUCUCCGCCGGCGCCCAGAUCCUCGACGAGGAUUACUCGCUGGGGAAGUCCCUGCAGGACCGCCACCUUCACGAGCUCGCCGCACGCGGCGGUCAGAGAGACGCCGUCAACGUCGUUUUAACGGCGUCGGAUGUGACGGUGGCCGGAUUCUGUACCAGCAGGUGCGGGACCCACGGUUCUCUGUUGAGUUCCAAAAUUGCCCCUGUCAAGGGGAAGAGUUACAAGUUUGCCUACAUCUGGGUGGGCAACUCCGAGAGCACGUGCCCCGGGAAGUGCGCGUGGCCUUUCCACCAGCCGAUAUAUGGGCCGCAGGCCCAACCCUUGGUGGCGCCCAAUAACGACGUGGGCCUGGACGGGAUCAUCAUCAAUUUGGCGAGCCUGCUUGCUGGGACCGUUACGAACCCGUUCAACAACGGGUACUACCAAGGGCCGGCGGAGGCCCCGCUGGAGGCUGCCACGGCUUGCACCGGAGUUUACGGAAGUGGGGCCUACCCCGGCUACGCCGGAAAUCUGUUGGUGGACGCCGCCACCGGCGCCAGCUACAAUGCGGUGGGUGUGAACGGAAGGAAGUAUUUGCUGCCGGCGCUGUUCGAUCCUUCGACGUCGUCGUGUUCUACGCUGGUCUGAGCUGCUGUUUUGUCUCGCCGGAGUUUUAUGUGUCACCUCUUACAUAUUCUUUGAUUCAUUUGUUCUUUCUUUCUCGCGACUCAUUCAUUAACUAAUAGUGUAAUGAUAAAUACAGUAAUAUAAAGCAAUUCUCUUU